AUGCCCUCCAUCAAAAACUUCACAAUCGUCAUUUUCGGCGGCAGCGCCGGCAUCGGCUACGGCGUCGCCGACAAAUGUCUCUCCGAAGGCGCCAUCGUGCACAUCGCCUCCUCCAACCCCUCCCGCAUCACUCAGGCCGUCUCCUCCCUGAAAGAAAAGUAUCCCGCCGGGCAAGUAACAGGCCACACCUGCGAUCUCUCCCUCCCCGACGUCGAGCAACGCCUCGUCAAACUCUUCGAGGAAAUCGGCUCUUGCGACCACAUCGUCUACACCGCCGGGGACGCCUUGGCUGUCAAGCAGCUCAAGGACGUCGAUCUCCAGUUCAUCCAGAAGGCUGGACACAUCCGCUUCCAUGUCCCGCUGCUCGUCGCAAAACUUGCCCUGCGCGUCCUGAAGCCAGGGUAUACCUCGUCGCUGAUCCUGACGGGGGGUGCAGUCGGGGACCGGCCGCAGCCGGAUUGGGCGGUUGUUGCGGGGUAUUCGGCUGGGCUGCAUGGGAUGGUGCCCGGUCUGGCGUUGGAUAUGAAGCCGCUGCGGGUGAAUUUCGUGAGUCCUGGUCCGGUGAAGACGGGGUUGUUUUCGGAUGAGGUGGCGGAGAUGUUGGCGAAGAGGACGACGCUGGGGAAGGUCGGGAGUGUGGAGGAGGUGGCGGAGGCAUAUGUCUAUCUGAUGAAGGAUACUAAUGCCACGGGGAGCUGUGUGAGCUCAAAUGCAGGGUCUUUGUUGGUCUGA